AUGGUUGCCAAUAAACAAAGGAGGGGUAGAACAUGGAAAAGAAGGACCCGUAUUGAAUGCUACAAGCCCCCUAACCUGGAUGAAAUAGUGCAGGUUUGUGACAGACAGGAAAAGAGGGGUGGCAAAGGUAGACCUGAACGACAAAUGAAAGCAUUCAGACAGCUUAUAGAUGACUGCUCAUUAAUUGACUUGGGGUAUGAGGGCCACCCUUUCACUUGGUGUAAUAUAAGGGAAGCCCCACACUCUCUCAGUGAAAGGCUUGAUAGAUUCUUAGCAAAUCAAAUAUGGCUAGAUAGUUUCCAGAAUUAUACAGUGGUGCAUGGGAUGGCAGCCUACUCUAACCACCUCCCAGUUAUAUGUUAUUCAAGCAGUGAAAAGAGAAGCACUAGAGGCAAACUGUUUAGGUUCGAGGCCAAGUGGGCUAAGGAUGAGGACUGUGAGAGAGUUAUAGCUGACUCAUGGAAGUGUGACAUAGGUGAUAACCCUAUGAACAGAUUCAAGACACAAGUUGAGGCCUGUUCUCAAAACAUAACACACUGGAACAAGAUCAAGUUUGGAAGGGUGUAG